AUGGGUUAUUCGGAUCUUUUUGUUUCUUGGAUUAUGAGAUGCAUUGAUACUGCAGCUUUCUCAGUCUUUGUAAAUGGGGAGCUAGCGGGAUUCUUCUCCAGUAGCAGGGUUAUAAGGCAAGGUUGCUCGCUAUCUCCGUAUAUAUAUGUUAUUGUCAGCAACGUCUUAUCAAAGCUACACAAUAAAGAGGCUACUGAUGGUCUGUUAGGACACCACCCCCACUGUAAGGAGUUAAAUCUGUCGCACUUGAGUUUUGUAGAUGAUAUAGUCGUCUUUACAAAUGGCUCUCUAGACUCUCUUAGGAACACUCUCGAGGUGUUUCAUAAAUUUUCCAGUAUGUCGGGACUUGCAAUCAAUGUCGCAAAGUCAACAGUCUUUGCUGUGGGAAGAGGGAAACAAGCACUUGAAGCUGCAGCGGGGGAUUCUGGUCUCUCCAUCUCAGCGCUGCCCAUCAAGUACCUUGGACUGCCCCUCACCACAAAGCUUAUGAACAAAAAUGAGUACGACCCCUUGAUCACAAAAAUCAAGAAGCGGUUUCUAUCAUGGACAAGCAAGGCGCUGUCCUACGCUGGAAGGUUGCAGCUCAUCGAGUCAGUUAUAACGAGUAUGACAAACUUUUGGUUAGCUGCUUUCUGUCUUCCCCAAGCUUGCAUGGAUGAGAUUGAGAGCAUGUGCUCUGCUUUCCUUUGGAGUGGUUCCCCAAACAAUACAUCUAUGUCGAAAGUUGCUUGGGCUGAUGUCUGUUGUCCCUUCGCCGAAGGUGGUUUGGGGCUUCGACGUGUUCAUGAAGUAGUACUUGUUGCGGGGGGAGACUGGGAUGUGACGGAUACAGGUCUUGGUUCUUGGGUAUGGCGAAAAAUCUUAAGAGUCCGUACGCUUGCAAAGAAAUUCAUUCGUAUGGACAUAAAGAAUGGCCAAAAAGUGAAGUUCUGGACGGAUUUGUGGCUUCCAGCAGAGAGACUGAUAGAUCUUGCAGGUGAAAUUGGAACUCAGACGUUAGGCAUAACAAGAAAUCUGCAAAUCUGUGAAGUUUUUGCUGAUGGUGGGUGGAGGUUUCGGAUCUGUCGUGACCAGCACAUACAGCAACUGGUGGAGAUGAUUCAUCAGUUCCCUUUAUCAUUGACUGCACAUGUCCCUGAUGGAGUCUUUUGGAGGAAUGGUCCGGGUGACUAUGGAGAUAAGUUCAUAGCUUCGAAUACAUGGCAACAAAUCAGACAGCGCAAAGAUGAAGUUCAGUGGAGCAAGAUUGUGUGGUUUCCUCAAGGGGUACCUCGUUUCUCAUUCAUCACUUGGCUAGUUUUCCGUGAUAGACUCUCGACAGGCCACCGUACUAGCAGAUGGGUCAGCCGCAAGGUCGUUGGAAACCUCUUUGGUAUGGAGCCUGACCCGGACUGGGAUAUCACUAUCUUGCAUCUGACCACAGGAACAUACGAUCAGAUCACUUUCAUCUUGCUCAGAUUGGUUCUACAGGUCACCAUAUACUACAUUUAG